UUGUGUGAGGCCCUCUCCUCCAAAGCGGGAGAAAACUAUCAGGCCUGCACACGGCUUAUUCGCACGUCCACGGUGGAUUGAAGCGAGCGACCGCACUCGACAGGCACUCUGCUUAAUAUAAGCAUAAAACAAGCACUCUGCGAGUGUUGACUGGCCCGUUACCAUGGAGGGCGACGUCGUUUCCAUGGAGACUGCCCUGGUUCCUGAAGGUGGGGUUCUGCCAGAAGCAGGAGAUGCUGUCAUCCAAGGGUCAGCGGGAGCCCCACAAGCGGUGGAGGUUCCUGGCAACAUGGAGAUGAUGGUGAUGGACGCCCUAGAUCCGGCCCUGCUGCAAAUGAAGACUGAGGUGUUGGAGGGAGGAGGCACGGUGACUGUAACUGGUGGAGACGAGGGUCAGAUCAUCACCCUUCAGGUUGUAAAUAUGGAGGAACAGGCCGGUGCUGCUUUAGGACUUGGACAGCUUCAACUUGUGCAGGUUCCAGUUACUUCGGCUACAGUGGAUGGCCUCCAGGCAACCUAUGUGGAUGGUUCAGCUAAUAAGGAUGCAGAGCCAGUUAUCUGUCACACCCUGCCCUUGCCUGAAGGCUUCCAGGUGGUGAAAGUGGGGGCCAAUGGUGAAGUGGAGACUGUAGAGCAAGAGGAGCUUCAGGCAGUCCACGAUGAGCUUCAAGGGACGAGGGAAGAGGAGGAACAGGAGGACGGUGACAUGGCUGAUCAGGAACCUCCUGAGUCUCAACAGGGAUGGCAGAAGGACCCCGACUAUCAGCCUGUUGCAACUAUCCGCAAAGGAAAGAAGGGGAAAAAGAGCCGCCUGCGCUAUGCUGAUGGUGAUAGAGACAUGGAUGUUUCCGUGUAUGACUUUGAGGAAGAGCAACAGGAGGGGCUGUUGUCAGAGGUCAACGCAGAGAAGGUUGUCGGAAACAUGAAGCCUCCCAAGCCCACGAAGAUCAAGAAAAAGGGUGUAAAGAAGACUUUCCAGUGUGAACUGUGUAGCUACACUUGUCCACGACGCUCCAACCUGGACCGACACAUGAAGAGCCACACGGACGAAAGGCCGCACAAAUGUCACUUGUGCGGAAGGGCCUUCAGGACAGUCACACUGCUGAGAAACCACCUCAACACUCACACAGGCACCCGACCACACAAAUGCACAGACUGUGACAUGGCCUUCGUGACCAGUGGCGAGUUGGUGCGCCAUCGUCGCUACAAGCACACACACGAGAAGCCUUUCAAGUGCUCCAUGUGUGACUAUUGCAGUGUGGAGGUGAGUAAGUUGAAGAGGCACAUUCGCUCUCACACUGGAGAGCGGCCCUUCCAGUGCAGUCUAUGCAGCUACGCUAGCAGGGACACAUACAAGCUGAAAAGACACAUGAGGACACACUCAGGCGAGAAGCCUUACGAGUGCUAUAUCUGCCACGCUCGUUUCACCCAGAGCGGCACCAUGAAAAUGCACAUUCUGCAGAAACACACGGAAAAUGUGGCCAAGUUCCAUUGUCCACAUUGUGACACCGUUAUCGCACGCAAGAGCGACCUCGGCGUUCACUUGCGAAAGCAGCAUUCAUUUAUCGAGAAGGGAAAGAAAUGUCGUUACUGUGAUGCUGUAUUUCACGAGCGAUACGCUCUCAUCCAGCACCAGAAGACUCACAAGAAUGAGAAACGUUUCAAGUGCGACCAGUGUGACUACUGCUGCAAACAGGAGCGGCACAUGAUCAUGCACAAGCGUACACACACUGGGGAGAAGCCAUUUGCCUGUAGUCAGUGUGAGAAAACGUUCAGACAAAAGCAGCUUCUGGACAUGCACUUCAAACGCUACCACGACCCCAACUUUGUGCCCACCGCCUUCGUCUGCAGCAAGUGUAGCAAGACGUUCACCCGCAGGAAUACCAUGCUGCGCCACAGCGAGAACUGCAUUGGUGAAGUUGCUGGAGACCAAAACGGAACUCCACCCAAAAAGAGUCGCCGGGGCAGGAAGAGGAAGAUGCAAGACAGGCAUGAUGAUGAUGAUGAGGAGGACACGGAAGCUGAACUGGAUGAAAUGGAAGAUGAGGAGGAUUUGUUAGAUGAUAUCGAACUGGAACAGGCUCCACCAGUGGUUCCCAUUGCAGCCCCUGAAGAACCACCAGUCAAGAGGAAGCGUGGGCGCCCCCCAAAGAACAGGCCUAACGUCGCCGCCAUCAUCCGCGUAGAGGACGAGGCUACCGGAGAGGUGGAUGACAUCAUUGUGAAAAAGGAGGUGGGUGCCGAACAAGACGACCUGGAAGAGGAGGGGGCCACACAGGAAGUGGUUGUCGGCGAAGGAGACUCCACUAUUCAGCUGGAGGAGCUGUCGCAGGAACAGGAGAUGCAGCUGUCAGAGGCCCCACCUAACGGAGACCUCACCCCCGAGAUGAUCCUGAGCAUGAUGGACCGGUGAUGGAUGCAAGGGUCGACCCUGUAAAACAAACACACACACACACACACACACACAGACCCCUGUUCACAGCAACAUCUAAUUCUUGGCAUUUAGGAUUACACUUUACGCAUCCUACAUAGACAAUAUGUUACUGUUGUAAUUUCAAGCUUGCUUUUUACUCUUGCAUUGAAAUGGACGUGUGAUAAAGACUUUUAAUACGGAUUUAUUUACCCCUCCACACCCAACCCAAAAAAAAAAUUCAAAAUUUCUGUCUUGGGCUGGCUGUAAUUGACCACGGUAUCUUUAGCCUUCUCAUUGUUGUCCUUGGUGUUUAGUACAUUUGUAGACAAUAGGUACAUCAUAAUUAUAAAUCUACUCUGGCAACACUAUCAAGAUUACUCUUUCCUCUAAAUCCAGACGUGCAUGCAACUAUCCAAAGGAUUAAGGUGCAUAGUCAUCAUCUUUUGACACACCCAAACCCAAUUUUUAUCUUCUUGUUUGUUUUACUUUUUUUAUUUUUUAACUUUUUACAUACUCUAUUGUUGGUAAGGAUCAUUUGCAUCAUUAUGUGAACAUUGUCAGUAGUUAAAUCACCCCGGUUAUGGAUCGUUCUGCACUUUUUCAAUCCAUGUUCAAUGUUCUUGCUGAAGAGCCUCUCUCAGUUGGGAAGACUUUUCAAUCAGCUUUUCAGUUUCACUUCUUAAGCCUGCCGCAAGCCUCUGGAGAUAAAAAUUUAAUUACUGUCCACAGACCAGAAGAUGUUAUUGCUGUUAAUUACAGCAACAAAAAAAAUUAUUUGGAAUAUUUUUUAUUGUAUUUUUUUUGUUUAUUUGCUGUGGUUAGUACAACUCUUAUUUUAACACCUAUUCUAGUUUAUCAAAGCUUCUAGACUGCUUACUUUGUAUCUCCUCUUGCUACUUUAACACCCCUAGAAGAUGCAUAAUGUACAAAACAUCAUUUCUGUGCAAAAAUCUUUUUGUUUUGUUUUUUUUGUUUGUUUUUGGUUUUUUUGCUCCCCUGUGUAGCCAUUCCACUCUGGGUUCAUGAUUUCUUUUUGUACAAAUUGCCAUACAUUCUGGGCAGUGUGACGUUUAAAAUGACUGGCAGUUCAGAAAGAUGUAUGAUGGUACAGCCAAUAAAAAGACGUGGACUCAUAUUUUAGCUUCCUGCAGUUGUAUCUCAGCACAGUAAGAGUGAGUUAAUUGGGAAGCGAGCGCAUUCUCGGUACAUUGGAAAUGCAAUGCUUAUGAUUAUCGACGUUGGUUGAGCGCUAAGCACAAACACUUGUGUAUUUUGCUUGCAAAUAUAUUUUAUUAAAUGGAGGACUUCAUACUGAAAACCCUUUCAUUUAUAUUCAUUUAUAUUUUACUUCAUGACCAAUGAAGGCAGGGGCAAGAUACUUUGUCUGUAUUUUUCUAUGGAAUGUUGAUGUGGGCUUUCACACUUAAAUACAGUUGAACUGUGGUGUUAUUUUAAGUUCAAAAGUCAAUGCAUUUACAUUUAAUUUUAACUGUUUUUAAACAUAUUUAUUUAGGAAUAUUUUUUUACUUUGGAAGUUGAAACAAAAAAGGCUCCCUCAGUCUGACAUGAAAUCAGACGAAACUUUUCCUGUUUUAGGUCAAUUAGGAUUACCCAAAUUAUUUCUGAAUGCUCAAUGCCACAAUAAUGAAAGGAUUUUAUAGACAAUUUUCCAUUACUUUCUUCAAAGUCAGAAGCACAAUCUUUCCACAUUGGCAAGAAUUUUGGUCCAUUGCACCUGACAGAACUGGUGUAACUCAGGCGAGUUUGUAGGCCGCCUUGCUCGCACAUGCCUUUUCAGGUCUCCCCAUACAUUGAGAUCGAGGCUUUGUGAUGGCUACUCCAAAACAUUGACUUUGUUUUCCUGAAACCACUUUGUAACUAGUUUGGCAGUAUGCUUCGGGUCAUUGUCCAUUUGGAAGACCCAUUUGCGCCCAAGCUUGAACUUUGUAUGAUAUCUUGAGAUUUUGCUUCAGUAUUUCCACAUACAGUUCUUUCCUUGUGAUUCCAUCGAUUUUAUAAAGUGCACCAGUCCAUCCUGCAACAAAACAACCCCCGAACAUGAUGCUGCCACCCCCGUAUUUCAAGUGGUGUUUUCCGGCUUGCAAGCGUCUCUCUUUUUUUCCACCAAAUGCAACAAUGCUCUUUAUGUCCAAACAGUAAUUUUAUUUUAUUUUUUUCAUUGUACCGGAGGGUGUCUUCAAAAAUUAAGGUAUUUUUCCCUGUGUGCAUUUGCAAAACUGUCUUUUGUUGUUUCUUUUGGGGUAAUGGCUUCUUCCUGGCAUAGUGGCCUUUCAGUCCAUGUCAGUACAGUACUUGUUUCACUGUGGGUAAUGACACACACUUACCAGCUGCAGCCAGCACCUUCAUAUGAUAUUUUGUUUUUGUUCUUGGG